AUGUACUUUCGAGAUAAUUGGGUUGCGGAUAUCUAUACCGCAAUGAUCUCCACCGACAAGGCCACUGACGGCCCGACCUCGUGCUACCUCAGACGUAUCAAGACAAUGAGCAUCAGUCCAGCGGAUCUCGAAGCCGCAGCGCACCACGUAUUCGAUACCGCAAUCACCGUUCACGAGAAGGGUUGGUGCCGCCCUUUGAUGUACCACAGUGAGGCUCGCGGUCAGCUUCGAUUCAGAUGCAUGAAUAACAUCUUGGACCGUCUUAUUGCUAUCUGCGAGUGUUUGGCGCACAGCAAGGCCGCAGUCAAUGACGCCAUCCAGGGCGGCGUGCCCCUCCAUCGGCUUGUAAACAAUCCGAGAGAGAGGAUGAAGACCAAGCAAUGGAAAAACCGUAGCAAUGCGCUCAGGAAGAGGCAACUGGAAGCCGGUAUCAAGGCUCUCAAGGAUGACCUCGAGAGCAAGAUGAGGAAGACUUCCGAAGAAGCAUUGCGAGGGGUGAACGACGCAAGCGGUGAUGAUGAAGACUACCAGGAAUGAUCUCGUCGCACCUGCCACAUUCUGUGGUUCCCAUCUCUUUGACUUGCUUCAACUCUGCCGUCACCAUUAUACUUACCAGUACAAGCGCGGUAUCGGCGAUAUCAACGGUCGAGUUUCCUUUUCACGGCAUGGCUAUCGUUCUUACCGCCGUUUCAGGCCCUUACAUUCCCUAGGACAAUCUCCCCUCAUGCCCGAUGUCACGAUCUUAUUACUUACCACGACCAUCAUAGCUAUAACGCCAUCAGAGAUAGGAUUUCAUACUUUAUCUAUCAGUCUCACUGUCUUUAUCCCGGUUUCUCGAAGCAAAUUCGAAGGGCAUUUUUUACACACGGCGAAGAGUCGUAGAGUGGGCUGCAGGAUACCAUCAGAUUAGCUUACAUACUUAAUGAUAAAAGUGUUUU